UUGUCGACGCGCUCGUUGCUUAUCGCGGUCCUCGCUGUGUGUAUAGGGACCUUCGGUGUCCAGGCCCAGGCGACGGCCACGAGCGCGAGUAUUUACCCGGCGCCCACAGGAUGGGGUUACUAUGGGUGCUAUAACGAGACGACGCUCGCGAACGGGACGGAAGGGCAGAGGGCGCUGAAUGGAGGCGUGAUGGAGGCGUUGGACCAGAUGACUGUCCCGAUGUGUUUGGCGUACUGCCAGAGUAAUGCGUAUGCGUUUGCGGGAUUGGAGUAUACACGAGAAUGCUAUUGUGCAUCAUAUCUAUCAGCCCUCUCGAGCAAACUCCCAGACACCUCAUGCGAUCUUCCCUGCGAGGGAAACAGCACCCAGAUCUGCGGCGGCUCGCUCGCCCUCUCCGUCUAUCAAACCAAAACCACCACCAAAGGCGCA